AUGUUUGAGGAUUUUUAUGUUGAUGCACACGAAUCUCAUGCUCAGAACAAACAACAGAGGUUGCGGCAACUUCUUCAGAAGUAUGUUGAGCUCCAAAGACUUCAAGAUCUCGAGACAAAUGAACAGUUGACCACCAACCAAAGGAAACGUCUUUUAAAUGGGAAAACCAAGAGGAAGAUUCUCAGGCGUAUACACGAGCAGUUGAACCGUCGGUUGCGGCCAGAGGAGACGUUUGAAGUGUGGCACGAACACCGGAACUUGAAUGUGAACUUGAAAAGACAACACCCUCCCAAGGGAGUGGAAGGAGAUGUAGAGGCAGUUCUUUCAAGCAAUGAAAACCAAGUUGACGAGAACACCAGUGUUGUAGACGACGAUGAAGAAGAUGAGAAUGACGAGGGAAGUAUAGCUUCGCAGCUCGCCAGAUUUACAUCGUCAUUUGAUGAGAGCAAUAGCUGGACUAAGACCAAUCUUUUGAUUCGAACUCGAGGAUUGGAAGUGUUGCCCGCUAGAAGCACACCCCCUGGGUUCACCAAGUACCAUGUGAACAACCUUAAGAACCUUCUUCACAUUAAUAUACUUCGUAGGAACUGGCAAAUGGCGUACAAGGUGUUUUGCUUGUUGGUACGUCUUCCAAACGUUGACAUUCGGUCGGUAUGGCCGUUGGGAGUGGAGAUCCUUCGACAACAACAGAAAUUGAAUGGGAAGAAUCAGCCAACGAUGUACAAGGAUGACCGAUUUUUCGAUUGGUUGGCUUCAUUUUUUAUUAUAUCCCGAUCUGCAGGGAACCAAACCCGAAUGAUCUCUGCACCCAUCUGGAGAUCUGGGUCGAGGACUCAUACACCAUUGUACAUCAUUAUGUCGCUCUGGCUGCUUUUGGUUCGCCAGGAGUACAGUAAACUCAACGACAGGUUGGAGGAACUACUUCUUGAACCGCCUUUCAAUACCGAUGGGGUAUUCUUUUUCAUCCUGGCCCUUUGUAAGCUUUCAGAAUGUAUUGAAUUGAUCAGACAGGGGGCAAAUGGGUUCAAAGAUACAAUUGUUAACAAUUGUAAUUUUGUAGAAAAGCAAUUGGAGCAAUGUAAGGAAUUACAUUUUGCUUAUCCACGGGAUCUUAUCCAUAAUGAGUUGAAGCUGGUCUUGGCUCAAUUGGACGGCCCAACAAAGACCACCACCACCACGAGAGAAACGACUCCUCUGUCAAGCUCCGAGCUGUCCGACGACGAGAAUGAUGACGAACCACCAGAGAACAUCCUGUUUGAUGUACCGAUGUUUGAAGAAAAGAGAAGACGAAUGCUGACAACCAGACUACCAUCUUCACCUCCAAGUGAAUACCUUGAGAAUGAAUAUGACGAAGGACACAUUGAACGAGAUGAGGGAAUAGACUUUGAUUUUGAUUUCGAAUAA